AUGAAAUUUAGUGUGAAAUUGAAAGACAUUGAUAUAUUCAAACGAUUAUCUCAUCAUUCUCGACGCAAACUAUCAAAUCAUGAUGUACCAAUUAUAAUAAAUGAAGUAAAACCUGUUAAGAAAAAAUUUCGUUUUUCUCCUAUAAAAAAACUAAUAUGGCAUAAGAAAAAAGAUAGAUCAAUUAUUAAAUUACCAUUAAUUACUCGUUUACCAUCACCACAUAUUGAAGAACUUGAAAAUGAAUUUAUGAAUGCAUUGAAAAAAAUGUAUAACAAUUUAGAAACACCAAACUAUGAAAAAGAAAAACAUUCUACUGUAGUCGAUUUUUUCCAUCUAAAUAAUACUUUAAAAGAAACGAUUGAUGAAUGUAAUCAAUAUCAAACGAUGUUUCAUGCUAGUAAACGAUUAUUGAUAACUCGAUCAGUCGAUGAUUUCGUUAGAAUAUCAGUAAACCCUUAUUUCUAUUCAUCAUUAAGUUCUCAAUUUGUUCAUCAAUCGUGUUUAAAAAAUAAAUUAAGACGAUCGAAUUACUCAGAUAAAUCAUUAACUCAUAUUUCAAAAUGUCAAAGUAUAGAAACAACUGAUUCUUCAAUAAAAUUACUUUUAGAAUUAACUAAUACAUCAAAAAUAUCGAUUAAAUCUGAAUCAUGUUUAGUAAAACAAAAUUUUCCUAUUGAUCAUAAAUUAUCAUUACAAUCGAAUGAAAAUUCUUCAAAAUUAACGUCAAAACAUUAUCAACAACAAGAAACAGCAGCUAUUAUCGAAAUUGAACAUCAAUCAUAUAGUUCAAUAUCAUCAUCAAUUGAUUAUAAUAAACCUCUUGAAAAAUCAUAUUCAUCUCCAUUACCUAUUAAUACAAAUCAUUUAUUUAUUAAGAAGAAAAAUAUUCAAAGUGCGCAUAUUAUUGAUCAACAUCAAUAUGAAAAUAAGAAUGAAAUAACUUUAUAUUCGUGUAUUAGUGGAAUAGGAAAUGAUGAAUCCAUGAAAAGUAUCAGUUCUGAUGACGAAAAUAUUAAACGUAAUCUUUUUCAAUAUCAAGAUAAUAUCAAUAAGAAAAACAUUCGACAUAGAUGGAGUUUAUUUGAUAUCUGGGAGACAACAAUAGCUAAGUUACCAUCUAUUUUAAACUGUAUUUGGCGACAACGAUUAUAUCGCACUGGAUCAAGAGAAUUUCGUAAGAUUUAUUUGUUCGUAGAUGAAUCAUUUUAG